CGUCAGUGCCGUUUGAAAUGAGGUUUCCUCAAGAUUUUCUUUCUUUCUUGGUCUUGGAUUAAUUAUUUAUUUAAAGGACCCUAAUUAUAGCACAAGCCAAUGAACAGAUCGGCCUCUUCCCUUCACAGACACUACUGUGCAAGGAGGGCUGGGCGGCGGGACCGCGACCACCCCCUGCCAGACGCGUUCAUUGGAGGUAGCGCAGUUUGGAGGAGGGGACGAAAAGGCACGUUUCGAACGUUAGCGUUUCUCCCGGCUUGACGGUGUUUUGAGCGUUCUAAGGUUCGAACGCUGAGUGGGGAAAGAAAAGGAGAAAACGCAUUCGAAGAGUUUCAGCGUUCUAAGGCUGGAACGUUGCUGCUCUCAGGGUUCGAUAGGCAGCGUGCAGCACACGUCUCGAGCCGGACUCCUGCCUUUUCAGUCUCACCCCACCCCCCUCUUCAACUCCCAAGUUUGCCCAGACCAACUUUGCUCGUAGCUUGGUCGUGGGUGACACCCAUUUCCAGCCCACUCCUCCUCCUCCUCUCCAUUGCUCUCGUGUUUGUUCUGAUUUACUUUCUGGGGACGGGCUGGGAUUCCCUGGUUUAUCUCUGUCCCUGGUGGGGAAUGUGGAAAUGGCCGGUGACAGGAACCUUGGGGUCUUCUUGUGCCGGCGACGCUUCGGGCUCCUGCUGCUAGCGACGGCCGCUGCCGGACUAUGCAUUGGGGUCUCCGGAGUCAAGAAUCCCAGCUGCCACGAAGUGAGGACGGCGUUUCAGCUCCGGCAGAUCGGUCCCAUCUAUCUGGUGCCCGAUGUUCCCACAGCCGAUUCCAACUUACAGAUCUGCCAACACAGAUCGCAAACGUGUUGCACUAAAAAGAUGGAAGAAAGCUAUCAAGCAGCAGUUCGGAGGGAGAGGAAGGAAAGCAUCCAAACUCUAAAUUUUGAACUGAAAUAUAUGAUCGUUGGUCACAUGACGGCUUUUCAAGCGGCCUUUGAGUCCUUGCUUCGCUUUGCUGAGAACCACACGACUUCUCUGUUUGAGACUGUCUACAGACCCAUGUCAAAGGAAGCAACAGAGCCUGUCAAGGAGCUCUUUACAGACAUCUCUCUCUACCUCUUGGGUGCUCAGACCACAGUGGAAAGUAUUUUUUUCCGGUUCUUCGACAGCCUCUUCCCUUUGGUUUAUAGCCGCCUAAUAAACCCAGGCAUUACAGGUUUGUCAGAGGAGUAUAUGGAAUGCCUGCGGCUAACGCGGCAAGAUAUAAAUCCAUUUGGACUCUGUUCUAAAGAAGCAGUUACGAAGCUGGAAAAGGCCCUUUGGGCAAACAGAAUAUUCAGUCAGGCGCUGGGUAUCGGCACUGAAGUGCUGAAUGCUACUGAGCACGCCACUCUGACAAAAGAAUGUAGCAGAGCACUGGUGAAGAUGCAAUACUGCCCACAUUGCCAAGGCCUGACGCUGAUCAGGCCCUGUGAAGGGUAUUGUCUCAAUGUAAUGAGGGGUUGUUUUGCCAGCAUAUCUGAACUGGAUGCUCAGUGGAAGGAAUAUAUUUAUACCUUGGAGUAUCUCACUAAUGAAAUGACUGGAUCUCAUGAUCUAGAAUGGGCACUUUUGGGUAUCCGGAAUUCAAUCAAUGAUGCCAUCUUGCAUGCCCAGCUGAAUGGACCACACCUGUCUGCUACUGUAGAUAAAGUGUGUGGGCAGCCUGAAGAAAAAGAAGUGAAACCUUUACCAGACAACAUAGUUCAAGCAAAGGAAAUAACUGAAACACAGUCUUUCACAACAGCACACUCAACUGCUCUAAGCCAUAAAAGGAGUUCUCUGCCUCUGAAAGCUUCAAAGAAUGACAAAUCCAGAAGUUUGAAAAAAAUGGCCCGGGAAUUCAUCAACUACAUGAAAAGAUCCAGAACUCUGUAUGCUUCUUUAACUGAAAGACUCUGUGAUGGUGAUCUUGUGAUGAAAGAUAGUUCAACUUGCUGGAAUGGAGAAGGUGUUGUAGAAAGCUAUACAAGCAGAGUGGUCACCAAUGGACUGAAAGCACAAAUUGAUAACCCAGAAUUGAAAGUCAGAGGAAUGGACCCACACAUCAGUAACUUAAUUGCUAAACUGCAACAGUUUAAUCAGUUGUAUAAAUCUCCACUUGCUUUGAGAGAAGUUAAGGGGGCAACUGAGAAAAGAGAUUUCAACUCAGAAAGAUUGGCUAUCUGGGAAGGUGGCAGUGGAAAUGGAAUGAAUGAAGAGAUGGAAUCUAGUGGAGACUGUGAUGAUGAGGAUGGAUGUCAAGGGUCUGGUGCCAGGAGCUUCCCAAAAGAUUUUUCCAAGAUACCCAGAACAAAAACACAGACAAAUAUAAAACAAGAUGUUCUCAUAGCUAUUCUCGAAGAUGGGAAUGAAACAAGCCCAACUGUAAGAAAGAUGGACACCGCAACUACAGCUACUAUAAAAACAUCUCCGAAACAUAAAGCGGACAGAGAUAUGGGCAACCGAGCUUCAAGUUCCUUGCUCUUUAUUAUUACAGCCUUUGCAGUUUUGUGGCACUCUUUGUUGUAGCUGCAUUACACUGCAGUAACUGUGCAGUUUCUACUCACUGUCAUUUAUACCUACAGCCUUAUCCAAGUAAAAACAAAGUUUAAUGCCUCUCUUAAUGGUGCACUCUAGUAUUAUGUGGUAUGUUAGUAUAAGCGCUAAACAUUAGUCUGGGAUCGGCUAAUAGCAAGCAUCUCAGUGUCUGCACAGUAUCUGGAGAUGGUUCUUGAUAACAUCUCAUCUACUCAAGAUGUUAAAAAAGGAUGAAGACAGAAAACCUGAGUAGAUUUAAGUUAUUGUGAUAGAUACAAUUAAGAAUGUUAAAGUUGUAAAUUAAUAUGUUGGCACUUACCCCUUUUUACUUGUUGGAUAAUGGACUGCUGCCUAUUUGGUUGAUCAUUCAUGUGAAUUUUACUGUGUAAUUGGUUUUCAGGUACAAAUCAAGAAUAAGUUAUAUCUUUAGGGAUCAGAUGCUUUAUUAUAAGCAAAGUACAGCACUAUCUUCCAUUUGGAUGAAAUUCUGAAGUGGUCAGGAAAAUCAUAGCAUGUUUGAAUCUCUUCUUUUCUUUCUUAAUGUUUAGGAUGUAGAAAGCAAUAUAAGAACCAUAUGCUGUGUUUAAUGUAUCAGUAUAGUUGCCUUAACCAUUACCGACAUGUAGAAACACUUCCCAAGUUAUUUUGAAGCACAUAGAAGUGUUUCACUGCCCAUGUAUUUCAUUACCAGAUGCUUAAGACUUCACUAUGUUGUGAAUAUCUGUCAGACAUAAACGAGGAAGGGGGAGCAUUAGAUUGCUGAGACAAAAACAGUCACUUAUUUAAGGCCCCAUCUACACUAUACAUUUAAAGCAGUAUCAUACCACUUUAAACAGUCAUGACUUUCCCCCAAAGAAUACUGGGAACUGUAGUUCAUUAAGGGUGCUAGGAGUUGUUAUAAGACCCCUAUUCCCCUCACAGAGGUACAAUUUUCAGAGUGAUCUAAGAGUCAGUCCCUCUUCCCAAGGAUCUCUGGGAAUUGUAGCUCUGUGGGGGCAAUAGGGUUCUCCUGACAACUCUCAGAGCCUUUAACAAACUGCAGUUCCUGGGAUUCUUUGGGGAAAGCCAUGACUUUUUAAAGUAGUAUGAUACUGCUUUAAUUGUAUAGUGCAGAUGGGGCCUAAAUAUCUUUCUAGUUCCAGUUGUCUAGUCUAGUGUAACAAGUGAGGUAACAAAAGCCCUGAUCCAGAGAUCCUUACCUACAGCUGCGGGGCUACAUAUCCGUUAGAGCAGAGGUGGGGAGCUUGUGCCCUCCAACUUUCAUCCGUGCCAGCCACAGCCAACAUGGCCAAUGGUCUGGGAUGAUGUCAGCUGUAGUGCAGCCACAUCCCGAGGGCCACAAGUUCCCUGUCCCUUUGUUAGAGGGAACAGGAUGGGGAGGGUUUGAAAUCAGUCCCUUAAUGUCCUUUACAAACAGGUGAUCAGCACUGUUAAAGGUGACAAAGCCAACCAUCUGUUUUGUGGGAGUAUGCAUGAUCUCAGUCCAGCAAAUAUGACUCCCCCACUCUGGGUAACAACAUCCUCUUACACAUCUCUGAAGAACAGUGUGCCCAAUAAUUUCUGUUUAAUUACAUUUCAUGUUCUGUUGUGCUAUGAUAGCAAAAAUAAAUACAAAAGAAACAUUAACCUAGAAUAAUAAAUUACAGUAUUUGCUACUUUUUCUCUAAUACAUAUUUUCAAUUUUUUGUCAUUGUAAUGAGGGCUUUUCAGUUAUUAAAUGAAAUGGAUGUGUUUUACAGCUUGAGAAGAAGUUACAACACCACCAUUAGAUGGGAGAGGGCUAAUACAUGUAUUUUUGACAACUCUUUUUACAGUGCCAUUGAAAAUCUCUACAAUACAAUCUGAGUCAAAUUAACAGUUAGAAGUCAUUAUGCCUAAGAUUUAUAUUUACUAAACAAAGCUAGUCAUUCACAUAACUGAACAGUAGUUUUCAUGAUACAGAAUAUUACAAUGUACAGUUUUAUAAGAUAUAAUGUAAAAUAUUUGCCUUUGAUUUGUGUGUGUGAUAUAUAUGUGUGUAAAAACAUUUACUUUAGCAAUUUGAUUUCCUUAAAAUGUAUACUCAGUCUAGUGCACCAAUCCUUGUAAGCCAAUGUGUGUAGGACUGAAGUGUAAGACAUAACUAAACAACUGUUUUUGUAGGCACUGGAGUUUUGAUGUGCACACAGAAUUCUUUUCCCUCAUGGGCUUCCCCAUUCACAUCAGUAGCAUAUUCAGUGCAUGUAUGGUGGUAUUCCAUGUGUGCAGAGUGUACUUAGGCCUAUGCAUCACGGAGCACUGCCUUUACACCCAUAUUUGUCUCUUAUUAUUAGAUUCCCUUAUCUUCAUGUUUUAAAAUGUAAGGCCAUUUCACAGCCAAAGGUAAGCACUUUUGUCUCAUUGAUCUCAGUGGAAGAUUUUAAAAAUGUCCUUAAUUAAUAAUCUUCAUUAAUAAUCAACACCUAUAUGAUUGCUGAUGAGAACUAAAGGGCUUGUUAUAGUUCCUUAAUUCACACUAGGAAUUGUUCCCCAACAAAGCAAUAUUGUACAAGACACAGUUGUACUCACAGUUAAGUUUUUGCAAUUAAGUACAAUGUGUAAAGGAAGCAAUCUUACUGAUCAGAUACCAGCACUCUGUUAGACUUGUAUCAGAUUUUGAAUACUUCAUUUAUGGUGUUAAAAAAAGAAUAAACUGAAUUUGAAUUAUCUGUUAGUGUUAUCUCCAAAAUACUGGAACUGUUUCAAAUUCACACUGAAAAACUGGCAUUAUGAAGGAGUAUACUGCCAUGAUAUAUAUAAGCACCAUUCUUUGGAGAUUGGUACAAGGCACAGUGUUUUCCCCAAGGUAUUAAGAUUGUCCAUGAGAAAAUAAAAUUCAUAUGUUGGAGGACUGCAGCAAAUAUUCUUUUGUGGUUUUAACUGAACAUAGGGUUGCAGCCAUUGACCAUAGUACCAACCCCUACACAGACAGAUGUUUCCUGUUCUUUUUACAAAGCAAACACCUCUUACAGAACAAUUCAUAGAGUUCCCUGGGAAAAUGGAUAGACUGUUAAACCACUUUGCGAAUUGUAGCCCUGUGAAGGGAAUAGGGGGCUCCUAACAACUCUUGGGACCUUUAAUAAUCUGCAGUUCCUAUGAUUCUUUGGGGGAAGCCACAGCUGUUUAAAGUGGUAUGAUACUGCUUUAAAUGUGCAGUGUAGAUGUGGUCUCACUCUACUCUGAGUAUGCCCAACAGCUGAUAUCACCCACUGUUUCUAACCAAAAUUCCCUGGCUAUGUCAUGAAAUACCCAGAAAUUCCAUUAGAGAACAACUAUGAAUCAUUUUAUCUCCAUGCAGAAUGUGUUAAAACCAUCACACGGAGUUAUACAGUUUGUAUUUUAUCAUUGCAUUUCAUCAUCAUCUCUUUUUGGGGAAUUUUUUGCUGUUAAUAAUUUGCAAUUACACUAUUUGCAUCUAAUAUACGCUGCCAUACUAGAAAUCAUUUGUUGCAUGGUAUAGGCAAUUAACAUUUGCUCACUCUGUCUGUUACAAGAGGGCAUGUCAUUUGUACAUUGUGCCCUUUUAGUGCACCUAAUUAAUGCCAUUGUGAAAUACUCUCCAGAUGAUGAACACUGAAUUUGGGGAGGGGGGGGAAGGAAUGGAUUGCUAAUUUUAUACAUUCUUUGCAAUUGUACAGUUCUGAAAUGCUUUUCAACUAGAAUCCUGUUCUCACAUGGUAGGCUUUUAAAAUGGUCUGUGCUGGACAUAUCUUGUCAACAAUAAGUCCAGCAUACCUGAUUUACAUUGUAAUGGGAUAUGUUCUUAUCUUUCAAAUGUACUGUAUUCCUCUGUAUUCUACCAUUCCUUUGCUCAUUGAGAAAGGAAUGGUGAGGGUGUCAAUGAUCAAGGAUUUUGUGCUGAGCUUGUGAAAACUGGGUUACAUUGUUUAAAACCAUCUGAAUUCACUUUUUAAAGUGUUUUUGUAACUUAGAUAUAAAGAUGUUCCUGCCUUAACUGACAUCAGAAGCAUGAUUUCUAUUGAGGCAAAUUAAAUUUGAAUGCAGCUAACAAGGCAAUUCAGUUAUUUACAAUUGAUACCCAAGGCUUAAGAGUUAGGUUGCUUUAGUUCAGACUAAAACCCAGAGCAGAUUCCACUGCCCCACUGACAUGGAGACACCAGCCUCUCUGCCUCCAAGACUAAGAUUGCCCAUCUUCUAAUUUUGGGGCUUGUGUAACUUCCUUACACUUGUCCUGCUGUACUCAUUCCUGAGUACCUCUGCAUUCCAGAGAUCUAUGUGCACAGCAGUGAGACUGCACAGCAUUUCUUGUACUCAGGGAUCUCCAUAAUCAAACAUACAUUGUUGGCUAUGGAUUUGCCUGAGAGGUAACUGGGCAGUGGAAUCACAAAAGAACACCACAUGAUCAGGCCUAAAUGGUGAAUAUAUGGGUUUUUUCCCCAGUAAGGAUAACGGGUUUCUUGUACAUGCAGGAUCCAAGCUGAAAGAGUGAUCCUUUUACAGAAACCUAUAUCUGCACAUAAAUGGUUCUUGCUGGAUUAAGACAAAAACCUCUGAUCAACGUUUAGACUUGCCUUAUUUUUUAUGUAAUGCCUGUGACAUCUAUGCAGCAUUACAGCAUUAAGUAUAACUGUUACUAUUCAUUUCUGUGCUGGCCUAGAAUAGCAUCUUUGCUUUCGUUAUGAUUCUUUGGAUUUAAAUAAUGCAUAGUCCACUAUACUUUAUGUCCUGCUUUUAUGAUAAGGACUAUCAGCUUCCCCAUAUUGCAGUAGUGUCAAAAUCUGCACAUGCAUGAAGCCCGUGCAAAUAGCUUAGGGCUCUUUCAUAACAUUCUGUUUAGUGGUAUUUAUUCUGGUUCUGCUAUUGUCUCAGUGCCUGCUCUAAAGAGCUUUCUCCAUGGCUGUACACACCAUACAAUUCAAGCAUACUUAAAGCACAUUAUUUUCCCCAAAAGAAUCCUGGGAACUGUAGUUUGUUGAGAGUAAUGGCAAUUGUAGUUCUAUGAGGGGUAAACUACAAUUAGCAGGAUUCUUUGGAGGAAACUAGGGGCUUUACCCCUGCAUGGUUUGCAUGCCAACCCCAACCCCUGGCAUCCCCCCCGGUACUCCACCAAUCCUCACAACACCCCCAGUGCCUCCAGGCAUUGGUGCAUGUCAGUUGCCAUGGGCCUGCUCCCCUUGCCUGUUCCUGUGAUACUGCAGGUUCCUGCUGCUGCUCUGUGCAGUUGUUCCCCAUCAAAUGCUGCUGCUCCCCCCUCAGCAAACGCUACCUCCAUCCAGCUGGAUGCCCAGGCUGCUGCCGCCACCCCCCCACCUAGGCCACUUACCUGCCUCCCGCCUGCCUUUCUUUCAUCCUGCCCCUUAGCUUUGAGCCCAGUACAGCUUGGUCACACUGUAGUUUGCAGCGAACUGCAUCAUGCUGUGUUAGGGGCUUAUCAAAAUACAGUAUAGAGAUAUUAUGUGGCUUUAAAUGUAUGGUGUGUACUCAGCCCACUUGAGUUGGAAGUUCAACAAUGAUUCAACAACCACCACCUCUACUUCACUAGGGGCUGAGAAUUGUAAAGGUCUUGUUUAGAACUUAGGCAGAAAGAAUGAUGACUAGCAACUACUAGUGCAACAGACUAGUACAAUGCAAGUACAAAAAGAUAAAACAAGAAAAAGAUUGCAGCUUUAAGUCUAAUUCAUGAAAUCCAAUAUAUCCUCUGAUUGCCAUGAAAAAAUGUUUUGAACUGCCAUCUGUGAAAAUAGUUAAUACAGGCAAAACAUGUGCUUAAAACAGUGUUCUACACCAAUGUUCAGAAAGCAGUUUAUAAAGAUAAGAGUGCAUGAAAAUUUCAUUUUCAAUGGACUACUGUAAAUAAUGAAAAUAGCCAAUCAUUCUUUAUACACACACAGUGCUCCUGAAACCUGUCUGUGGAACUAAGAGCCUAUUACUACAUUCAGGAUUACAGCCUAGACUUUUAAAAACGUUAUUCCUGGCCUGAUUUUUGAAAUAACAUUUUAUUGGAAAUUGGGUCAUCUGAAGAUUUUUCACAUUAAUUUAAUUGCUGAUAUUUUAAGAUUUCUUAAUCCAGCACCAUAUUCAAAUAUUGACAUAAUACUGAACAAACUCAUCAACUUUUUCUGGUGUAUAAUGUGCAUGGGGGAUCCAAGUUCUCAAAACAGUCAAGAGUCAUUGUCUUAGCAAUGACCAGGGAGGAGACACUGAAAAAUUGCAAUAGUGUGAUGAUUUGUAAGUUACAAUGAUUUCUGUAUAACUAAUAAUAAACAAUAAUCAGAAAUUAUAUCUGUUGCUGGAGG